CUGAUGACGGCAAUCUGACCAAUGCCUUGGUGUGCCAUUUCACAUAUCGCAAUAACGUCAUUUGAACAGCGGAGCCGUUGUCGACCCAGCCUUGCAGGAGGGGACUGGCCUUUUAGAAAGCUAUCUAGAUGAUACAUGGCAAGAAGAAGAGCACACUGAAGAAGAUGAUGAACACACUGAAGAAGAUGAUGAACACACUGAAGAAGAUGAUGAACACACUGAAGAAGAUGUUGAACACACUGAAGAAGAUGAUGAACACACUGAAGAAGAUGUUGAACACACUGAAGAAGAUGAACACACUGAAGAUGUUGAAAACACUGACUGCCAUCUCGCUGCCGUCCCUGCGACCGAGCCGGUCAGAUCUUCCAUGCUGUACAGUAAAGAGCGUAGAGAUCAGAUCCCAACAAAGAAUGAAUAGACCAGUUGAUGCGACAUCGCAGAACAACAGACAUGAUGUGAGAUUCGUGUACUAACCCGCCCUGCAGUUCCCCAUCCUCCCAAUGCAGAUGAAAGGAGCGCACUCCUGUCUACCAAGUCGAACCUUCACACCGCCAACCAACUGCACUGGACUCAAAUAAACAACCCUAGACUUCCAUCACAGACCCAUAAAGAUUUGACAGUGA